CCAUCUUUGUCUCGGGCACGCCGAGCGGCCUCUUUCUCCUCCUCUUUUCCCGGGGCCUUCGUUCAUUUCCUCCAGCUUCUCCGGCCCAGUCCUUGCCCGCCGCCCGCCAGGAAUCCGCGGAGCCGCCGCCGCCGCCGCCGCCGCCCUCCUCGAGUGAGAGAAGUGGGCCCACUCUCGGGGAGGCUCGCCAGUACUCGAGAUGGCGCCGUCGGCCUCGGCGUGGGCGCAGGAGGGGGCGGGGCUACGGCGGCGCAGGAGGGCCAGCGCCCGUUGGCGGGAAGAAGUCCGACCGAGACGCCUUCGCGCGCGCCUCUGACCGAGCGAGGGAGGAACCGGCGGUGGUGGAGGAAGAGGAAGAGGGGAGGGAGCCCCGAGGAGUCGCCGCCAUGCACGUCGUGAAGAGAGAUGGACGUCAUGAGCGCGUCAUGUUUGACAAGAUCACAUCCCGGAUCCAGAAAUUAUGUUAUGGUCUCAAUUUAGACUUCGUUGAUCCUGCUCAGAUCACCAUGAAAGUGAUCCAGGGUCUUUACAGCGGAGUCACCACUGUCGAACUGGACACUUUGGCCGCUGAAACAGCAGCCACCCUGACCACCAAGUACCCUGACUAUGCUAUCCUGGCAGCAAGAAUUGCCGUCUCCAACCUGCAUAAGGAGACCAAGAAAGUAUUCAGUGAUGUGAUGGAAGAUCUGUACAACUAUGUGAACCCUCACAAUGGCAAACAUUCUCCAAUGAUUUCUAAGGAAACUCUAGACAUCGUGUUGGCCAACAAAGACAGACUGAACUCUGCUAUAAUUUAUGAUCGAGAUUUCUCCUAUAAUUACUUUGGCUUUAAGACUCUUGAGCGUUCAUAUCUGCUGAAAAUCAAUUCUAAAGUGGCUGAGCGCCCCCAGCACAUGCUGAUGAGGGUGUCGGUGGGAAUCCACAAGAACGACAUUGAUGCUUCAAUUGAAACCUAUAACCUCCUUUCCGAGAAGUGGUUCACCCAUGCAUCACCUACUCUUUUCAAUGCUGGUACCAACCGCCCCCAACUCUCCAGCUGUUUUCUGCUGUGCAUGAAGGAUGACAGCAUCGAAGGGAUCUAUGACACCUUGAAGCAUUGUGCACUGAUCUCAAAGUCUGCCGGUGGAAUUGGUGUUGCCGUGAGCUGCAUUCGAGCCACUGGCAGCUACAUCGCUGGGACAAAUGGGAACUCUAAUGGGCUUGUCCCAAUGCUGAGAGUAUACAACAAUACAGCUCGCUAUGUGGACCAAGGUGGUAACAAGAGACCUGGAGCCUUUGCCAUCUACCUAGAGCCCUGGCAUUUUGAUAUCUUUGAGUUUCUUGAUCUGAAGAAAAACACUGGAAAGGAGGAGCAGCGGGCCCGGGACCUCUUCUAUGCCCUUUGGAUACCAGACCUCUUCAUGAAACGUGUGGAGACCAACCAGGACUGGUCUCUGAUGUGUCCCAGUGAAUGUCCGGGCCUAGAUGAAGUCUGGGGAGAGGAGUUUGAGAAACUGUACGAGAGCUAUGAGAAGCAGGGGCGUGUCCGCAGAGUGGUGAAGGCUCAGCAGCUCUGGUAUGCUGUCAUAGAGUCUCAGACGGAGACGGGAACUCCUUACAUGCUUUACAAGGAUUCUUGCAACAGGAAGAGCAACCAGCAGAAUCUUGGAACCAUCAAAUGCAGCAACCUGUGCACAGAAAUUGUGGAGUACACUAGCCAGGAUGAGGUUGCAGUUUGUAACUUGGCUUCCUUAGCCCUGAAUAUGUACGUCACUCCCGAGCACACUUAUGACUUCAAGAAGCUGGCGGAGGUGACCAGAGUCAUUGUCCGGAAUCUGAAUAAGAUAAUUGACAUCAAUUACUAUCCUGUGCCAGAGGCUGAGUGUUCAAACAAGCGCCAUCGUCCCAUUGGUAUUGGUGUUCAGGGGCUGGCUGAUGCUUUUAUCCUGAUGCGGUAUCCCUUUGAGAGCCCAGAGGCCCAGCUGCUAAACCAGCAGAUCUUUGAGACCAUUUACUAUGGUGCUCUAGAAGCCAGCUGUGAGCUUGCCAAAGAACAUGGGCCGUAUGAAACCUACGAAGGAUGCCCAGUCAGCAAAGGUAUCCUUCAGUAUGACAUGUGGAAUGUGACCCCUACAGAGCUUUGGGACUGGAAGGCUUUAAAAGAAAAGAUUGCAAAGUAUGGGGUUCAGAACAGCCUCCUCCUUGCACCAAUGCCAACAGCUUCUACUGCUCAGAUCUUGGGCAACAAUGAGUCCAUUGAGCCCUAUACCAGCAACAUCUACACACGAAGAGUUCUCUCUGGAGAGUUUCAGAUAGUGAAUCCCCACUUGCUGAAAGAUUUGACGGAGAGGGGCCUGUGGAACGAGGAGAUGAAAAACCAGAUCAUUGGCUACAAUGGCUCUAUCCAGAAUAUCCCCGAGAUUCCAGAUGACGUGAAAGAGCUCUACAAGACAGUGUGGGAAAUCUCCCAGAAAACGGUCCUCAAGAUGGCAGCGGACCGGGGGGCUUUCAUUGACCAGAGCCAGUCCCUGAACAUCCACAUAGCGGAGCCCAAUUAUGGCAAGCUGACCAGCAUGCACUUCUAUGGAUGGAAACAGGGCCUGAAGACUGGAAUGUACUAUCUGAGGACGAAGCCGGCGGCUAAUCCUAUCCAGUUCACCCUGAACAAGGAGAAGCUGAAGGAGAAGAGCUCCAAGGAAGAGGAGGAAAAGGAGCGGAAUAAAGCCGCCAUGGUGUGUUCCUUGGAGAACAGAGAUGAGUGCCUCAUGUGUGGCUCUUAAAGAGCUGCCAGGCACGGCAACAGCAGCACCCCCGCCUCUCGCGUGCGCUCCCCCCUACCCCAAGCCAGAUUAGUUAGGUCUAGUUUACUUUGGCACGUAGAGAGGCUGCAGCCCUCUGCUUAAGGGGGGGAAAUCGAGAAUUUCCGGGCUGUCAGGUUUGGGACGUGUAUGGGGAUUGGCGGGUGGGAAGGGGGAGAAGAAACCUGUACCUACAGCUGUUGUAGCGAGAACCUCUGAAGUGCCCUUUUACAACCUUCCCUUGCCCAUGGUACAGAGAUGCACUUGGGGGGAAAUUCACACGAGGUGUUAUGCCUAGAGAAUUGGACUCCUUUGACAGUCGCUUCUUGUGCCGGCUUCUUCACUGCCGUGUCUUACUCAGAGAGAAAAUGUUCCAUUGGCUGUUGUAACAUGGCUGCAUGUUGCUCUGGUGCAUCCCUCCAGCCCUUGGCGUGCAGUGCCCUUUCUCUCUCUGGAGAGAUACGCGAUCAGUUGUGCUGUGAGUCCUGCAGGGUUUGGGAUGCCACAGACAGAUGGGGGGGGGAACAGUUUCCUCUGUACCCAUCAUGUGUUGGUCCGCAGCUUGCGAGUCACGCUGCAAUACAGCCAGUGCCAGCCAUCUCUGGAAAGGGCUUAGAGUUGCUGUUACAUAUCGGAAUUGUUUAUCAUUUCCUUCACUUGUUGGGAAAUCUGGAAGACCCACUGCAGGGGAGUCUUGAUUAAGCAUCCAAACUGUGUUUGGCUUAGCAGUGUUAUUCUGUGCCGCAAAGCAGCUAUAUGGCCUGUCCUGCUUGCUUUCUAGAGCCAUGCUUACUGUGCAGGGGUAUUUUUACAAAACAAAGACAAACCCACAAACGCCCUCAAAACCAUGUCUUCCUACUUCACUUCCUUGCCAUUCUAAUAGGAAUUAAGUAGCCUAGUUCUGGACUAUUUAUUGAAUUCAGGUACUGUGCAAGUGGACUUGAAUCCUCUAAUCUAAUUCAGUGCAUCAAUAAAACCUAGGGUAUAAAG